AGCAGUAGUGACUCAAUGUCUUAUCUCUCUGCACUUGCCAGCUAUUAUCAGCCGUUUUGUUCCAUUUGCUGCAGUGGCAGCAGCAAACUGUAUUAACAUCCCCUUCAUGAGACAAAGAGAGCUGAAGUGUGGAAUUCCUGUUACUGAUGCUGAGGGAAAACGUCUCGGAGAAUCAACUAAUGCUGCUCAGCAAGCCAUCGUACAGGUGGUGGUGUCUCGAAUUGGCAUGGCAGUGCCAGCCAUGGCUAUUCCCCCCGUUAUCAUGAAUGCCUUAGAGAAGAAAGCCUUCCUGAAACGGUUCCCAGUUCUGAAUGCCCCUUUACAAGUUGGACUUGUUGGAUUCUGUCUGGUGUUUGCCACUCCGCUGUGCUGUGCUCUGUUCCCACAGAAGAGUUCUAUGAAGGUGAGCAGUCUGGAGCCGGAGCUUCAAGAGAGCAUACGACAAAGCAAUCCUCACAUCAGCACUGUUUUUUUCAACAAGGGUCUGUAGAAAGCUCUAGGCUGAAGCCCAUGCUGAUGUCCUCCAUUGCACUGGAGAUUAGUGGGCACGACUUGAAGGAUAGAACAUAUUUAUUUUUGUUUUUCUGCUCCGAGUUUUGUCAGUUUUACCCAUGUUAUCGUACCAUCCUAAAGGGUUAUAUGUACAGUGAAGGCUAGAACCUGCUGCUGAAUUUAGUUAAAGAUGCUUGAAUGUUAUCUGCUGCAUUGAUGCUUCUCACCCUAAUCUUGUGUUAACAGCACUCGCAUAUAGACUCAUUUAUCAGUAUAUUCAUUACUUUGAUUCAGUUUAGACUAUCAUAUGUAUAUUGUUUUAUCCAUUAGAUUCACUAGUGUUGUUUAGAACUUUCCAGAUUGUUUCCAACUCUACUCCUACAGUGAAUACAGUUACAGAAAUCAGGUGUAUUCUGACAUGAGUGUUUCCACCUUUCGUGCUCCAUUAUGUGCCUAUUAAAAGGGUAGAUCAUCCA